CCGACUCUAUAUAAGAUCAUUAUCUUGACCUGAAAUUAGGGUUUCUGGUUUCACACUCUCUUCCACUGCUCAGAGUCUUCACCGCGUAGAGCCUACUUUCUUGUUUCAUCGGUACCUCCAAAGUCAUGGCUACUCAGAUAACCAAGAAGCGCAAGUUUGUUGGUGACGGAGUCUUCAUUGCGGAGCUGAAUGAGGUGCUCACCAGAGAGCUCGCUGAGGAUGGCUACUCUGGUGUUGAAGUUAGGGUUACUCCGAUGCGCACUGAGAUCAUUAUUAGGGCCACUCGUACUCAGAAUGUCCUUGGUGAGAAAGGGAGAAGGAUCAGAGAACUGACCUCAAUUGUUCAGAAGCGAUUUAAGUUUCCUGAGAACAGUGUGGAGCUGUAUGCUGAAAAGGUUAACAACAGGGGCCUCUGUGCCAUUGCUCAAGCAGAGUCGCUGCGUUACAAGCUGCUAGGAGGCCUUGCUGUUAGGAGGGCUUGCUAUGGUGUCCUCAGAUUUAUCAUGGAGAGUGGAGCAAAGGGAUGUGAGGUUAUUGUAAGUGGAAAGCUUCGUGCUCAGCGUGCCAAGUCCAUGAAGUUUAAGGAUGGUUACAUGAUUUCCUCUGGUCAGCCUGUCAAGGAAUAUAUCGACUCUGCUGUUAGGCAUGUUCUUCUUAGGCAGGGUGUACUUGGUAUCAAGGUAAAGAUCAUGCUUGACUGGGAUCCAAAGGGCAAGCAGGGCCCAACAACACCUUUACCUGAUCUGGUCACUAUCCACGCACCCAAGGAAGAAGAGGAAUAUGUUCCACCAGUGCUUUCAACAACCAAUAUUGAGAUUCCGGUCGCUUAAUUUAUGAGUUGGGUUGCUGCCCAAAUGAGAGAUGAUUUUGCAGGACAGACCUUUUAGCUUUUCAAUUAUUUUUACACCAUUUAUCUAGCAUAAUAUAAAUAUAGGAAUUCCCUGAAUGAAUUUAAUGAUUUUGCAGGAUAGGGCUUUUAGCUUUUCAAUUUAUUUUUAUCCCCUUAAUCUAGCAUAAUAUAUAUAUGGAUAGAUAAUCCCUUAAUGCUAUGUGCCAAUACUGUUUUUAUCAUAUAAUAAUAUUUGCUUUUCCCUGCUACAGAA